AUGACGAAGGAUUUCUACUACUUCAAUGGAAGAGAAGUUACGAAUUACAAUACUAAAGAAGAACUUACAAACAACAUGUUCUUCCACGGCGGUGAUAAAUGGAAAGUCGUGAGGCAAAAUUUAACACCACUCUUUACUUCAAUGAAAAUGAAGAAAAUGUUUCAUUUGGUCAAAGAUAUUGGUGAUUCGUUCGAAAAAAUUCUAGAAGAUGAACUUAAAUCGUCUUCAGAUCUUGAAAUUAAAUCUUUUUUAGUCAAAUACACACUUGAGUGCAUUCUUUCAUGUGGUUUCGGUAUAUCUGGAAAAUUGUUAGAGAAGGGGAACAAUAAAGACGACAACAUUUUCUUCAAUAUUGGAAGUUCUAUCUUCGAUUCAUCACCGAGUAGAGGAAUAAAACAAGUUUUCAGAGCUAUGUGGCCGAAAAUAUUUUACAGCGUAGGAUUGAACGUAUUUGAUCCAAAAAUAUUUGCAAUGUUCAAAAAUUUGAUAGCCCAAGUCUUCCAGAGUCGCCUCAGCGAGAAAUCCAAUCGUAAUGAUUUCGUAGAUCUCAUUUUGUCAUGGAAAAAAGAAAAUUACAUUUACGGUGAUAGCCUGAACCCAAACAGUGAAAAAUACAAGAAAAUAAGCGUGGAAGUCAACAACGAACUGUUAAUACCACAAUGCGUUCUAUUCUUUGCUGCUGGUUUUGAGACAACGUCCACUACUUUGAGUUUCUUGAUGUAUGAAUUAUCUAAGCACAGUGAUGUUCAAGACAGGUUGAUAGAAGAGGUCGAUAAUUAUCAUAAGAAAUACAACGGUGUCAUUGAAUACGAAUGUAUCGGUGAAAUGCCUUAUCUUGAUGCUUGUAUCGAUGAAGUACUGAGGCUGUAUCCAGUCUUAGGAGUCGUUGCUCGUGAGGUUAUGGAAGAUUAUACAUUACCCACAGGAUUGAAGUUAGAAAAAGGCAAUCGUAUACACAUUCCACUGUACCACAUGCAUCGUGAUCCAAAGUUCUUCCCAAAUCCAGAAGAAUUCCGACCUGAAAGAUUCUUUGGAGAGGAGAAGAAAAAUAUCGUCCCCUAUUCGUUUAUGCCAUUCGGUGAAGGACCUAGGAUAUGCAUAGGUCAAAGGUUUGCUAAAAUGGUGAUGUUCAACCUCGUUCUAAAAAUAUUCAAGAAAUACAGAGUCGAAUCAAGUUCGUUGACCCCGAGAAAAUUGGAAUUUAGCAACAUAUCCCUCAUUACACAAUGCACCACGAAUAUCUGUGUAAAAAUAGUUGAACGAACAUAA